UCCUGCUCGGUCGGGUAUCUCGCUCUGAUCUUGUGAGUCACCUUGUGGACUAUGUAACUUCCUCCCGGCGCUGUGCGGAGAGCUUGGGUGCCCGGCCCCAGGGCUGCGCCCCUGCCUCGCAGCUACGGGCCGAAGCGCUGAUCCCGCUAAACCCGCGGGCUUUGGACUAGCCUCAAUGUGAGGAUUUGUUGGCAUCCGAAUGAAGUGAUGCUUCAUCAGGUUUUUGUAGCUGAAGGAAAAUGAUGGAAGAGAGUGGAAUAGAGACAACUCCACCUGGCACACCCCCCCCAAGCGCAGGAGGGGCUGCUGCUGCUGCUGCUGCCUCUGCUACACCUGUCUCACUAGCUUUGUCCAGUCCCCUUGCUACACCAAGCAUGUCGUCUUCUGUAUACACGCCACCGUUGCCAUCUGCAGUGUCUCCGAUUCCUCCUGCAAUGACUUCAGCUCCUCUUCCAUUUGUGCCUUCUGCAACUGCUUCUACUAUUGCACCACCUCUGACUCCUGCCCCAACUCCUGCUGCUCCUUUAGCUUUUACUACCUCCUUGUCCCAGUUCUCUGUGCCUCCUCCGUUAAGCUCUACUCCUGGCCCUGGUCUUCCUGCACCACCCACUGGUCCCCCCAUUUCAGGAUUUUCCAUGACUUCAACCUAUGACAUUACCAGAGGUCAUGCUGGUCGAGCACCGCAGAGCCCGCUGAUGCCAUCGUUUUCUGCACCCCCAGUCACAGGUGUUUUGGCAGAUCCUGUUACUCAGCAAGCAACUUUCUCAUCACCUUUGGCUCCUGGAACUGUGAGUGGUUCUGCAAUCACUUUUCCUGAGGAGCGUGAAGACCCCAGAAUAUCUACAGCCCAGAGUGGAGCUCCUGGUGGAGGACUGUGGGGAUUUAUAAAGGGUGUAGCUGGGAAUCCCAUGGUCAAGUCUGUUCUUGAUAAAACCAAACAUUCAGUAGAGACCAUGAUCACAACGCUGGAUCCUGGCAUGGCUCCGUAUAUCAGAAGUGGGGGAGAACUAGACAUAGUGGUUACUUCUAAUAAAGAAGUAAAAGUUGCAGCAAUUAGAGAUGCCUUUCAAGAAGUUUUUGGAAUGGCUGUUGUUACUGGAGAGGCUGCACAGUCUAACAUUGCACCACAGCCUGUGGGCUAUGCUGCUGGAUUAAAAGGAGCCCAAGAAAGGAUAGACAGCUUGCGUCGGACAGGAGUAAUACAUGAAAAACAGCCUGCAGUAUCCGUAGAAAACUUCAUUGAGGAAUUGCUUCCUGACAAGUGGUUUGACAUAGGAUGUCUGAUUAUUGAGGAUCCAGUUCACGGAAUUCAUCUGGAGGCUUUUACCCAGGCAACCCCAGUGCCUUUACAAUAUGUUCAGCAGGCUCAGAGUCUCACUCCUCAGGACUACAAUCUGAGAUGGUCAGGCCUGUUGGUGACAGUGGGUGAAGUUUUCGAGAAGAAUUUACUGAACGUCAACAGGACUGAUUGGCACGUGGUAUUCACUGGCAUGUCCCGUCGGCAGAUGAUCUACAGUGCAGCCAAGGCUCUAGCAGGAAUGUACAAACAACGCUUGCCACCCAGGACCGUUUGAAAGAAGACUGCUCCGUGACCCUAAGGAACGUUCUUUUUGUUUCCGAGUUGAAAUGAAAGCUACAUAUUCUAAUCCUCAGUGGAUACAGCACAGAUUUGUAAUCUACCUGUAACUGUAUUGUACUCUUUAAGAACUGAAGGUACUUUCCAGUAGUGGAAAUGAGCAAUUCCAAUUUUUAAUAACUGGGUGAUUUCCAAUAUGAUUCACAAAUGAGGAAAUUAGAGCAAACAUAUUUAUAGCUGGGACAAAUAGCAUUACAGUUUGUAAAAUAAACAUCUCAGCAAAUGCCUAUCAAGGUGUUAAACGAUAGCACAUCCCAUUUUAUUUACUCAGUAUGUUUUUAAAGAAGGUUCUAUUGUUUAGCUAUUACUAUUGUAUUAGUAAUAUAAACAUGUUGACAGCAUAACAUGCAUCUUAAAUGUGUUUCAAUCCAGAGAGACUACCUUCUGUGUUAGAUAUUUUCUUUGGGCCUGUGCUUAGGUGGUACUUCACACCUGACAGGUUUGGGGUCUGUAUAUACGUUCUCAAGACUGAUGCUGAGGAGUUUUUGAAACAUCUAACAGUCAGCUGCUGAGGAAGAGCAUAAAUACAUGCUCAGCUAGUUGAAGUCUGGGCAAAUAAUUCUGAAUUUUUAUUUUUUCAUGCUGCAUCUCUUUUUAUAUAGCUUUUUUUGUAGCAGAGAUGAAAUUCAUCUCCCUUUGAAACACUAGACAAAUUGCAAGUUGUUCCAGCGGGUUUUAGAUCAGGUAUCCCAUAGACAAGAAAUCAUCUCAGCAUUGCAGUUCCAGCAACAUAAUUUACUCCAGUAUUUCCAAACUUUAUAUUUUAUAUGGAAUUAUGUAAUUACUUUUAUCAAGUUGUGGGUAUCAGCAAAUUAAUGUGGAAAAUGGUGACAUUUAUACCACUUGCUUUGCUAUCCUGGAUUUUCUAAAACAUUUAUAAAUCUUAAAUGCCUUUCUUGAUGUCUUGGAUGCUUUGUUUCUUGUGUAGGUCAUCUUUGGUGUCUGUUUUUCAUAGCUAAGAAUAUUCUUUAUCUAUGCUCACACAAUUUUAAAUCUUUAUUCAGAAAUACACAAGUAAUUGUGAGAG